AAGAAGAAGAAGAAGAAGAGGAAGAAGAAGAAGAAGAUGAUAAAGAAGAAGAAGAUGAAGAAGAAGAAGAUGAUGAUGAUGAAGAUGAAGAAGAAGAAGAUGAAGAUGAAGAAGAAGAAGAAGAAGAAGAGGGAGAAGAGCUUUCGAACUCAACCUCUGCCAUCGGAAUUUGUGUCGGGGUUGGUUUCAGAGCCGUUAGAGGAGGACGGAAACGAAGAUGUCGAUGAUGGCGUCGACGGUAAUGUCAAGAAAAACAAGAAGGAGAAUGCCGAGGAAGCAAGAAAGGAGGAGGAGGAGAACAGAAUGAUUUUCACUUUCGAACUCAAACCCUGUCAUCGGAAUUUCUUCCUUCUAGCGGAUGUAGUACCUGAGUUUGCAAUUCUG